UCUCAAGGCACCACCUUCCAUGGUCAAUAAUGAACAACGACAGCACGCAGAACAUAUAUUCUUAUCAUUUAGAAAAUCAAAAUCACCCUUUGCAGUUUGCAAGCAUAUUUUGGUUCUUCAUGCUUUGGAAGUAACAGUUGAAGAGAGGUGAGGAAAGUUUGUGAAAAUUGUGAUCGGUGAUUAGCUGCCACCUGCCUGAGGUGUCUUCUGAGAGGAACUAACCUCUUUGUGGUGCUAGAGCAAGGUCACUGGAUUAAAAAAAGAACAGAGACUAGUAAAGUGGACUAUGUACUUUUCCAAGCUGCCACCGCUAUAAUGGAGGCAGUCGUCCGAGAAUGGAUUCUUUUGGAAAAAGGCAGCAUUGAGUCCCUGCGAACAUUCCUUUUAACCUAUGUCUUACAGAGGCCCAACCUCCAAAAGUAUGUUCGGGAACAGAUUCUAUUAGCAGUAGCAGUUAUUGUAAAGCGAGGAUCAUUAGAUAAAUCAAUUGACUGCAAAAGCAUUUUUCAUGAAGUCAGCCAGUUGAUAAGUAGUGGCAAUCCCACUGUGCAAACACUGGCCUGUUCUAUUCUAACUGCAUUAUUGAGUGAGUUCUCAAGUUCAAGUAAGACUAGCAACAUUGGACUGAGUAUGGAAUUCCAUGGUAACUGCAAAAGAGUCUUUCAGGAAGAAGACCUUCGUCAGAUCUUCAUGUUGACUGUUGAAGUUCUGCAGGAAUUCAGCAGGCGGGAGAACCUCAAUGCACAAAUGUCCUCAGUGUUUCAGCGUUACCUUGCACUCGCCAACCAAGUCUUGAGCUGGAACUUUCUUCCUCCAAAUUUGGGCAGACAUUAUAUAGCUAUGUUUGAAUCCUCACAAAAUGUGCUGUUGAAGCCAACAGAGUCCUGGCGGGAGACUCUUCUGGACAGCAGAGUUAUGGAACUUUUCUUCACAGUACAUCGAAAAAUCAGAGAAGAUUCAGAUAUGGCACAAGAUUCUCUGCAGUGCCUUGCCCAGUUAGCGUCUCUGCACGGACCUGUCUUCCCCGAUGAAGGAUCACAAGUUGAUUAUCUAGCACACUUCAUUGAGGGGUUACUGAAUACUAUCAAUGGAAUUGAAAUUGAAGAUUCUGAAGCUGUGGGAAUCUCCAGCAUUAUCAGCAACCUGAUAACCGUGUUCCCUCGAAAUGUUUUAACUGCCAUUCCUAGUGAACUUUUCUCCUCCUUUGUUAACUGCCUCACACACCUCACUUGUUCUUUUGGGCGAAGUGCUGCACUGGAAGAAGUGCUUGAUAAAGAUGACAUGGUAUACAUGGAAGCAUAUGAUAAAUUGCUGGAGUCCUGGCUAACGUUGGUCCAAGAUGAUAAACACUUCCAUAAAGGCUUUUUUACUCAACAUGCAGUUCAAGUUUUUAAUUCCUAUAUCCAGUGCCACCUAGCUGCUCCAGAUGGCACGCGGAACUUGACUGCCAAUGGUGUGGCCUCUCGUGAGGAAGAAGAAAUAAGUGAACUUCAAGAAGAUGACCGAGACCAGUUUUCUGAUCAGCUAGCCAGUGUAGGAAUGCUAGGAAGAAUUGCUGCAGAACACUGUAUACCUCUUCUGACAAGCUUAUUAGAAGAAAGAGUAACAAGACUCCAUGGUCAGUUACAGCGACAUCAGCAACAAUUACUUGCUUCACCUGGUUCAAGUACCAUUGACAACAAAAUGCUUGAUGAUCUUUAUGAAGACAUUCACUGGCUUAUUUUAGUUACAGGCUACCUCUUAGCUGAUGAUACUCAGGGAGAGACUCCGCUAAUACCUCCAGAAAUAAUGGAAUAUUCCAUUAAGCAUUCAUCUGAAGUUGACAUUAAUACAACACUUCAAAUUUUGGGAUCUCCAGGAGAAAAAGCUUCUUCCAUCCCAGGGUACAACAGAACAGAUUCUGUGAUUAGGCUGUUAUCUGCUGUUUUAAGAGUUUCAGAAGUUGAAUCUCGAGCAAUAAGAGCAGAUCUUACUCAUCUACUAAGCCCUCAAAUGGGCAAAGAUAUUGUUUGGUUUCUGAAACGCUGGGCCAAGACUUAUCUCCUUGUGGAUGAAAAACUAUAUGAUCAGAUAAGUCUGCCAUUCAGUACGGCAUUUGGAGCAGAUACAGAAGGUUCUCAGUGGAUUAUUGGCUACCUCUUACAGAAAGUCAUCAGUAACCUCUCAGUCUGGAGUAGUGAGCAGGACCUUGCAAAUGAUACUGUGCAGCUCCUUGUCACUUUGGUGGAAAGAAGAGAAAGGGCAAACUUAGUAAUUCAGUGUGAAAAUUGGUGGAACCUAGCUAAACAGUUUGCAAGCCGAAGCCCACCUCUUAAUUUCCUGUCUAGUCCUGUGCAGAGGACACUGAUGAAGGCUCUUGUCUUAGGAGGCUUUGCACAGAUGGAUACAGAAACCAAACAACAGUAUUGGACAGAGGUCCUUCAGCCACUUCAGCAGCGAUUCUUAAGAGUGAUAAAUCAAGAAAACUUUCAGCAAAUGUGCCAGCAAGAGGAGGUCAAGCAGGAGAUCACUGCCACACUGGAGGCCCUGUGUGGCAUUGCUGAGGCUACUCAGAUAGACAAUGUGGCCAUUCUUUUUAACUUUUUAAUGGAUUUCCUUACCAACUGCAUUGGGUUAAUGGAAGUUUACAAAAAUACCCCAGAGACUGUCAAUCUCAUUAUAGAAGUUUUUGUUGAAGUUGCACAUAAACAGAUAUGCUAUCUUGGAGAGUCCAAAGCUAUGAACUUAUAUGAAGCCUGCCUUACUUUGUUGCAAGUAUAUUCUAAGAAUAACUUAGGGCGGCAAAGAAUAGAUGUUACAGCAGAAGAAGAACAAUACCAAGACCUGCUUCUCAUUAUGGAACUUCUUACUAACCUUCUUUCAAAGGAAUUCAUAGAUUUCAGUGAUACAGAUGAAGUGUUUAGAGGACAUGAGCCAGGUCAAGCAGCAAACAGAUCUGUGUCAGCAGCUGAUGUUGUUUUAUACGGAGUGAACCUCAUUUUGCCCUUGAUGUCUCAAGAUCUUUUGAAGUUUCCAACCCUGUGUAACCAGUACUACAAAUUAAUCACAUUUAUCUGUGAAAUAUUUCCUGAAAAAAUACCACAGCUUCCUGAGGAUCUGUUUAAAAGUCUGAUGUACUCUCUGGAACUAGGAAUGACAUCAAUGAGCUCAGAGGUUUGCCAGCUUUGCCUGGAGGCUUUGACACCGUUAGCGGAACAGUGUGCAAAAGCACAAGAAACAGAUUCACCACUUUUUCUAGCAACUCGGCACUUUCUUAAGCUGGUUUUUGAUAUGCUGGUUUUGCAAAAGCACAACACAGAGAUGACCACUGCAGCGGGCGAAGCUUUCUACACGUUGGUGUGUUUGCACCAGGCUGAAUAUUCCGAGCUGGUGGAAACAUUACUGUCAAGUCAGCAAGACCCAGUCAUUUACCAGAGAUUAGCAGAUGCCUUCAACAAACUCACCGCAAGCAGCACUCCUCCCACGCUGGAUCGGAAGCAAAAGAUGGCCUUCCUAAAAAGUUUAGAAGAAUUUAUGGCUAAUGUUGGUGGUCUCCUUUGUGUGAAAUAAACAACAAACUGUGUGCUUAAUUUAGAUCCUUUCUGCAGAGUGCACUGAAUUGCUGAAAGUUGACUUGAGUCUUGUCCUGUUCCUCAGUUCAUUUGGCCAUUUUGGAUUUUGGAGAGCCUCAAACUUUGACACAAUGCAAUGAAACAGGAGAGGUCAACUUUGAAAUCAGCUUCUGAUGUGUUAGCCUUGAUCUGCCAUAUAUGUUGUCUUCUAGAUUUUGAACAGUGAUUUGAAAAUUUCAAGAUGCAGUUCCAUGUAUGUGCAAACAGAUACAGGCACAUAUUGAGUGCCUUUUCCCCUCUGGUCAAAACAUAGGUGGCUAGCCAAAGUUUAGAAUUUUUGCUGUUAAAUAUUAGAUGGUCAUGUACCAGGCAGUGUUUCUCAAAAUGUUGUCCAUAGGCCACCUGUGUCAAUUGAGCUAAUUUUAAAAAUCGAUUCUUGGGUCCAGUCAUAGACCUUCAGUCAGAAUCUCUGGUUGUUGGACCCUGGAGUCUUCAUUUUAAUAAGUCCCUCCCCUCCAUCACCUUGAAAGUUUUGAAUCAGUGCGAGAGACAUUGAAAAACCUUAAGAGGUUUUGUGCUUUCUAUUUUUUUUCUCCCUAAUAAUCAAGUUUUUUAUUUAGCAAAAAAAAAUCAUCAGCAGGUUUCCAUUAGCUUUUUAGUUUAUACCUCCCUCCCUUCUUUUCUCUCCUCUUGUCUGCCUUCCUCCACCACCCCCCUUUUCCCCUCCACCCUGGUCUUUGCAAGUUUUGUGUAAUUAAUACACAUCUCUAAUCAUACUCUGAUGCCUGAACUUGAGGAGGAAAAUACGUGUAUAUUUUUGUUCCGUAAACAGAACUUUAGGAACUGUAGCCAUUUCAUUGCCUUAAUUUUAAGAAGGAAAUUGAAAAACAAGGACAGAUUUGUUUUUGAAAGAAAUUAUCAAGUCUUGAUGCUUCAGAGUUGGCUUAGGGUGUUAGCUGCUAUGAACCUGUUGCCCCUUUUGAUCAUGUAUUUAUGUGAGUUUACAAGUGAAAUGAAAAGCGCAUUCCUGUGUAGUUAACUGUAUGAAUGCAUUUCAAUCUAGCUAUACAGCCCAUAUCUACUCUGAAUGGCUUGCUUAAGCAAUAACUAUUUUUAAAGAUGUGAAUUCUGAUUCACACAGACUAUUGCACAUUAGGGCAUUAGGGGCAAUAAUUAUGUUAAAGUAGGAGUUAUCUUCAUGUCACAGGAGCCACACAAAUUUAAUUUCAGAAGUUAAAAACUUUACUUUAGCUUAAUCUUCCUAAUCAGGAUUUUUAUACUGCUGCCAUGCUUCCCUUCUUUGUGCCAGCUUAAAUUACAGAAUUGAAAGUGUAGGCAUAGAGAACUGUCCAGUGCCAUGCUAGAGUCAACAGCACUGUGAGGCAGGGACUCCAGCACAGGUGCGUCUGAUACUCAGCUAUGGAGGGCAGCAUUCUCCUUCCACACGUGCGUGGCUGUCUGCUAAACCAUCCUGAGUGCAGCUUUUACAUUGGAUUGCACAUAGCUUAUGCAUCUUCACAUAGGAUGCUCUACAAAGCUUUGUAGGACUUUGUAAUACUUAUAGUUACAGUUAACAAAAUUAGAGCAUCCAACCUGUGCAUGUGAUGUUAGAUAGGAGUGAAUGCUAGGCCUAUGGCCGAGUGAUUGUUGAGAAUCACUUCUUUUAAUCUGGCCACUUAUCAAGUAACAGUAAAUAAAGGUGGAGCCAAAACAUCUUAAAAGACUUUGAGGAAGAACACCGGUAUCAUUUUUCAUGAAAUACAUAUCUUUAUAUUUUGAAAUUAUUUGAUCCAUUUCUUUUUAGACCUAUUGUUUCCUUAAAGAACUUGAAGUGAUAGGCAGCAAUACUCACUUUUUGUUGUUUCUGCUAUUUUAUGCUUCAUAGUUCCCUCAAGCUUUUGCAGCAGUUGUGAGUUACAUGUAUCUCUGUGUGUGAUAAAUGCAGCCCCUGAGACACACAACUGAAUGGAGAGGUGCACUGGCCAGGACACAGCUAUAAUUAGGGUAUUAUUACAAGUAAAGAUGGGUAGGAAAAGAAUGUCUUGGUAGUAAGGCAUUCAUACUCCACAGUUUAUAUCCAUGAAAUGUAUUUGGUAAAUCUGCCCAGAUCCUAUUACAGUACUGAAAUUUUAUUAGACCAGUUUUAUUGAAGACAAUAUUUACUUCAGAUUGGACCAAAUAAUGCUGAAGAGAUCACCAGAAUGUCAAUUAGUGGCAAACUAGGGGGAAGUGGAGAGGUCACCACAUUGUAGGUAAUGAGGUGCCACUUAAUUGUACCAUCUAGGUUCUUCAGGGUGUUCAUGAUUUUGUUUGCCUGAUUGGUUAUUUGGGUCUUCUUUUAUUUUAUCCAGUUUUGUCUAUAGCUAUGUUAUUAGCUCUUCAGAUUUUUUUUCAUUAACUUUAGUCCAGUGAAUUUUGAGAACACUGGCAUGAUUCCAAGAAAUUGGUUUUUCCAGUUUAAACUGACUGUGGUUAAAAUUUUUAAAAAACAUUAUUUGUGGCCUUUUUUAUAUAUUCUAAAGGGACACUGUCAGGUAUUUGAUUUUUAAACUUUCUGUUGUUCACAGUAUUCUUUUACCUCUGGUUUACCAUGCAUUUUUAUUUAUGUCUCGUUUUAUGUUCCUUGAUCCAUUUGUUUCCCAAUGUAUAAUUAGUAAAGACUUUGUAUGCUCAGUUUAUGUUACUGCAACAGCAACUAUAACUGUGUUCUUGUAUCUGUUAAAAGGGUUGGUUUGAUUUUAGGGUCCUGUUGCUGGAUAAAUGAUGCCUAGACAGCAAAACAUACUUGACAGUGUUUAGACAUUGUCCUUUGCAACAGUUACAUGCCUCUGCUGGCUCUUAGCCUUGGCAGACAGCAACCUGUUAAUAUUGCUGCAUUGGGUUUUCGUUUGAUGUACAAUGUUUCCAUUUUAUGUAAACAAACUUUGCUAAUCUUUAAGCUAAUUUUAAGAAUUCAACCUUAUAAAUUCUGUACCUAACUAUGUUACAUUACUCUGUUCAGAUGAGAUGGUUAGUAUUUUCUCACAAUUCAUUUCAAAACCAUGUAUCUGUAUAAUUUAACCCUAUGUCAGCAUCGUUUAACUCUCCCCUUAAUGGUUGGGCUUUUCUCUUUUGUCAGUAUCAAGUCUUUAUUGUUCUGACAUUACCAAGUUUCCCAUUUCUGUUAAUUCGUCUGUGACCCUCUCAAAUAUUGAAGGAAACUAGCUGUCAGGUUCAAGAGUUUCAAGUUUGAGUCUCCUGGUGUACAAUGUUGAUUCAAUCCUGAAAAUACUGUUUUUCUCUGUUACAAUUUUACUUGUGUUCUGUUUGCCACCUCUGUCCCUAGAAGUGGUUGUUAUUGGAAUUUACUAAGUUGAUAGUUUCUGACGGGUAAUUGUCAUUAUCAGUCGGUUCCUGAAUAAAAUAUUAACCUUUUAAGUCAGAAGGAACCUCAGUAUUUCAUAGGGUUUUGUUUCGUUUUUAAGCCAGAGAACAAGAAACUGUUUUGAAUAUGAGGUUUCAACAAAAGUUUCUGUAAAAUUUUUUACAAAACAACAUAGAUGAUUUGAAGAUAUAGUAAUAAUAAUGUUUUAAAUUAUUUUUAAAUGUAAGUGAAUUCUCAGACUUGGUAACUAUUCUGAAUAACUGCAUUUAAGAAUUCUUUAAAUUUUUUUCUAAAACUUAAAAAUAUCCAAAUUAGGCAUAUUGCAGAGCUUAAAUUGAUUAGAAGUGCCAUGGUUCAAGUUGAACUUUAAACAUUUCAAUUUAGUUGUAAAUAAUGUGAUAUAUGAUUCAUUGAUUAUAAUGGGAACCCAUAACAUAUUUAACCAAAGAAUAUAUUUGGUUCAGGUAAAGAUAGAAGCUUAAUAGUGGGCAUCCAUUUCUAUUUUAAAGAGGACUUAAGUGAAAAAAUCUGUUUCUGGCCUAUGGCGCUCUUUGUGGAAGUCUUUGUGAAGACUGAACAUUCUGAGCCAGCUCUGCAGUGAUCACUGGUAUGAACCUGGAGGUGUCGCUUGUGCAUUGCACCUUCGGUGAGGCUCAUAGAGAGUACUGUCUCUCCUUCACCAUGUGGCUGGCUCUCUACCUGUUCCCAGGCCUUCUGAGUCUGUUCUUAGACCUCUCUGGUCUGGGUUCUUAGGCCUGUCAGCUGUUUGGCACUGUGGUGUGUACUCACAGCUGAUAAUUCCUAGUCUGAGUUCAGCACCACAUCUGCACUAUGUACCUGCUGGGGAUCUGACCUCAAGUGUGCUGUGAGCCCAGGCUGCCCGGUGUGUAGUCUUCUACCACAAAAUUACUAUGACAGAUUGCAAAUAUUGGUAUUGUGAUUUGAUUCUCUGUACAAAGAAAGAAGCUCUACACAGUGAGUUUGUGGUUUAAUGGUCACAAAAUGUUAGCACUGCUACAGUUCAGUGCGUGUAAAAUUUUUUAAAUUUAUAAAUAUUAAAAUUUGAAACUUA